CUUCUGUGCGCAUGUCUGUUCGUUAGUGAAAUGACUAUGCUAGCUAAAGGGUUGAAGCUAGAUUACGUUGAAAUCUAGCGAUAUUAUUUUUUACGGAAUUUCUUUGUUUUAAAAUUAGUCGUAGGGACUGUGAUGCUGACGUGUCAGUUCAGCGUAAAAGAUACCGUCGUCGAUGUCAUCGUGAAAUAUACCAUAAUAAUCUGGAUACCGUUCGGGAACCUUACCGGACUUUUUCUCCGAUUGAAGUACGCACAAUCGUGGCUGAAAACCUGGUACCGGCAGCCUUGCUUUCCCGUACGAGGAUUAUUGGCUUGUGUGUUUUCCUCGGUAUACACUGCAUUCCUAUCCACCAGCGCCGUGAUAGUUACUGUUCAGGGAGACACUGUUAUCGGGUUCGUUAUGAAAGGAUCUCUCCUUUUUAUGGAAAUUAUCGAUACCGUUUGGACGCUCCUCGGUGGACUGCGUGAGAGCGCUAGCCUGACGUGUACAGGAGAAGUGCAGCAUCGCAGGGGUAUUCCGCACCAGAACAGGAAGAGGUUGCAUUGCCGAAGGAAUGCAAUAGUGGAAGCAACGGAAGAUGUCGACGGUAUUGUUACUUCCAUAUCGACGGGAUCGUCCCCGGCCGAUGCCGGCGUACUAGAUGCACCGCCAUUGUACAGUGAACUGUUCGAGCUGCACACGGAUUUGCCUCCUGCUUAUGCCGAUGUCGUGCGCAAUUUUCAAGUGGUACAUCUUGAAAAUUAAGAUCGUUUUGCAUGCAGUGCUUAAUUAGUCAUUUGUACAUACCUGUACAUAAUUCAUUACUAUGCAAACGUCGUUGCAGUGAUAAACGACAAGACCAUGUAAUGUUUUAUAGAGUUGUUUCUAUGCUUUCUUUUAUAAUUCACUAAUUGUAUUGUAUUAAUUCGAUAAACGGAUAUUAAAGCAUAAAAAUG